AUGUCCUGGUUUGAACUGGCUGCUGGUGGCAUUUCCAUCUUCUUGCUACUCUUUUGCCUAUACAACCUUGCUCUUCCCCGGCCUAUCCCCGGAAUACCAUACAACAAAAAUGCCACGACGCGCCUGUUGGGAGACCUCCCAGACUUCAUUGAGUAUCAGAAACAUACCAAGGAGCAACGUCGGUGGUUUGCGGCGCAGAACCAGAAGUUCAACUCCCCAAUUUGUCAGGUCUUUAUCCGCCCCUUCGGCAAGCCGAGAGUGAUUGUAUCGGACUUUCGAGAGACGCAAGAUAUCCUUUCAAGACGGUUAAAAGAGUUUGACCGCAGUGAUAGAGCCCGAGAAGCAUUUGCGGGAAUCAUUCCUCACCAGAUGCUUUCCUAUCAGACAGUGGAUCCAAAGUUCAAAAAGCACAGAGAGCUGAUGAGAGAUCUCAUGUCACCAAAGUUUCUCAAUCAGGUAAGAACUGUCUCGGCUCCAGAGGUUUAUUCCAAAGUCAGCACUUUGGUUAAACUUUGGCAUGAAAAGUGUUUAUAUGCAGCUGAGCGUCCAUUCGAUGGAAAGAGAGAUAUUCAGAGAGCUGCUCUCGACGUUAUUACAGCUGUGUCCUUUGGACUAGACGACGAGAAUAGUGCCACAAGGCGGCAAUUGGAUGACAUGUUGUCCAGAUCUACUGCAGGUGUCACAUUUGCGGAACCCCGAAAGGACAUUGUUGAAUUCCCUGUUCAUCCCUUGACAACAGAGUUAGACGCCACCUUGACUAUCGUUGAGAGUUCCGCAGUCGGCUUCUCGUCACCGAUCCCUCGAUGGCACUAUUGGAUUCUGAGUCAAUUUCGGCACCUGAAAGAUGCCGCCAGAGUUAGGGAGGAAUGGACACGACGUGAGAUUGACAAGGCGGUCAAGGCCAUUUCCAAAGAUGGCUCCGACAACGAAAGUGCGACACGUUCAGCUCUGGAAUUCAUGGUUCUACGCGAGGCAGCCGCUGCUAAGAAGGCCCAGAGACCACCAAGAUUCCAUCGUCGCCGUAUUUAUGACGAACUGUUUGGUUUCAUUAUUGCAGGGCACGAUACAACAUCUGCUACGCUCUCUUGGGGGGUUAGGUACAUUGCGGAUGCGCCAGAGACACAAAAGAAACUCCGAUCCUUCCUCCAAAAGGCCUUCUCGACAGCUCUCGCUGAGCAUCGUCAGCCUACAGUAGACGAGAUAACCAAUGCGUCUAUUUCAUAUCUUGAUGCUGUCAUCGAGGAGAUACUGCGGCUCAGUGCAGUACUCCCAAUAGUAAGUCGAGAAGCAACGGCCGACACAACAAUUCUAGGACAUGCCAUUCCAAAGGGAACUUCGGUUUUCUUCACAUUGAACGGACCAAGCUUGAUGAAGCCGGCAAUCAACAUCCCCGAGAAUGUCCGGAGUGAAAGCUCACAGAGUACAAAGAGUAGAUACGGAGAGUGGCGUGCAGAGGAUGUCGAGCAAUUCAUACCUGAGCGAUGGAUAGAUAUCGACGAAAAAGGUGCUGAGACUUACAACCCCAUGAAGGGACCGUUCCUCACGUUUGGCAGUGGGCCGCGAGGAUGCUAUGGGAGGAGACUUGGUUACUUGCAGCUUCGGAUCUUCUGGGUAUUGCUCAUGUGGAAUUUUGAGUUUCUCCCGGUUGCUCCAGAACUUAGGACCCAGGAAGUUGUAGAGCAUGUUGGAGUUGAGCCACGUGAGAGCUAUGUACGACUGAGAAAGGUUGAGAACUAG